AAAAUUAAUUGAUAACACGGUCUGAUGAUACCAAGCCAUAACAGCCGAUCCUUUAUAGAUCUAUUGUAUUAUAUCAGUAUUACGUGUUUUUUGUUAAAUUCCAAGCAAAGAAACCCGUGACAAACUUACAUUUUGAAUUACUAACCUCGUGGAUAUAAUUUAAACAAAUAGAGCUAAGAUGAUUGCUAAUUCAACUGCCAUUUCCAAUCGAUUAUUCAGAUCACUGAAGUUUUUAAUUUUUAUAAUAUUAGCAUUCUUCAUUGUGAUAUUGAUGAUCACUGCCUUUGCUGGUAAAGGUGGAUCUCAAGAAAUGAUUUCUAAAGCUAUGGAUUAUUACAGCAGUGCUGGUACUACUUUAGGGAAUAGUUUGUUGAAUGAUAAAACCGAUGCUGAAGUAGAACAAAAUACUGAACCAGAAGAUAAAGAUUUAUUAGAAAUACAAAAGCAAAAGCAAAAGCAAUUUGAUCAAAAACAAAAACAAAAUGAAGAUAAAGCUGCUGAUUUAAGAAAAGUGAAAGGUGGUGUAUCUACUGCUGAAUCUAAGGUUGAUGAACUUGAUGCUGGUGCCGAUGUUGACUCUGAUGUUGAAGAUUCAAAUAUUAAGAACGAUGAAGUUGCUGGACUUAUUUAAUCUCGAAGGAUAGUUCUAGUUUUUAUCGCUUACUGUACUACAUAUUCAUAAU